GAAAUUUCCCAGUCAAACAAAUGUGAGAGCAGAGUUGAGAAGCUGAAUAAAUUCUCAAUUCAGACGUGGAAUAAGACACUUUCCCACCUCCUAGCAGGACAUUUAAAGUAAUGGCUGAAGCAAUACCUCUGAGAGAAAAGAAGCAGAAAACUCUACCUCGAUCUGAUGGGUGUGGUCUGAAUAACUUUGACGCUCUAGAUCUGUCUGGAGGCCUCAGAAUAGUCUUGGUGGGAAAAACUGGAUCAGGAAAGAGCGCAACAGGAAACACCAUACUCGGCAGAGCUGCCUUCAGAGAGGAUCCCAGCCCCGUGUCUGUGACCAAGCACUGUGAGACGCAAUGCGGUGAAGUGGACGGGACGGCAGUGCAGGUGAUUGACACGCCAGGCCUGUUUGACACCGCCAUCACAGAAGAAGACUUAAAGUCAAGGAUAGAGGAAUGUGUCAAGAUGUCAGUGCCGGGCCCUCACGCUUUCCUGUUAGUGAUCAGGCUCGGCGUGAGGUUCACCGAGGAGGAGCGGAACGCCGUGAAGUGGAUCCAGGAUAACUUUGGCGAUGAUGCGUCCAUGUACACCAUUAUGCUGUUUACGUGCAAAGACCAGGCUAAAGCUGACAACGCCCUGAAGGAGUGCAAGGAGCUGCGCAGACUCUCCAUUACAUUCGGACGCAGAUACCAUGCCUUCAACAACAACGACGCCGAUGAUCGAGUCCAGGUCAAAGAGCUCAUCACAAUGAUCAAGGAAAUGAUACAAGACAACGGCGGCAAACACUACACCAAUGAAAUGUACGACAAAGCGCAAAGGAAGCUGAAAGAAGAGGAGGAGCGAAAGAAGCAAGAGGAGGAAGACAAGAAGGAGGAGGAGAGAAAGAUAUGGGAUGCGGAGAGAGAGAAGCAAGAGAAGGAGAGGGAAAAGCAGAAAAAGGUUAAAAGAAAGAACAUCCGUGUGGCGUCGGCGGCCGCUGUGGUGCUGGUGUUGGCUGGCGUGGUUAUAGCGGUGGGGGCGGAUACCACGGUGGCGCUGGCUCUUGGCGCACCAACGCUUCUCCUGGGAGUGUUAUGUGGCUUAGCUGCUUUUUGUUUGUGGAAAGGAGUGAGGUGCAAAGCUAAAUCGGAUUUUCCUGUAUAGAUGGAGGUUAGGGUGCAUCAAAUUUGAAUGCAAACUCCACACAGAGAUACCCAAGCGGGAAAUGGAACCCGGGUCUCCUAGCUGUGUGGCCUGCACGUUAACCACUUAUACACCAUCCAGCCUAAUACACAAAUAAUGUUUUGAAAAAACAAAAAGCCACAUCUUUGCGGUCGCAAAUGCUUAAUUGUAAAUAUGCAAAGAUUCACAACCAAUUAUAAAUGAAUUGAUAAUUGACUGAUACUAUGACUCUUACUUAAUAAAUUAUAUUAAAUAUAAUUUGGUGUGGAGUUUGCAUGUUCUCCCCGUGCAUGCGUGGGUUUUCUCCGGGUACUCCGGUUUCCUCCCACAUUCCAAAAACAUGCUAGGUUUAAUUGGCGACUCCAAAUUGUCCAUAGGUAUGAAUGUGAGUGUGAAUGGUUGUUUGUCUAUAUGUGCCCUGUGAUUGGCUGGCGACCAGUCCAGGGUGUACCCUGCCUCUCGCCCGAAGACAGCUGGGAUAGGCUCCAGCACCCCCGCGACCCUCGUGAGGAAAAUGGAUGAAUGAAUGAAUGAAUGAGUUCUCCUCCUAUUUUGUGUGGAAGUGGUAACUUUUUGGCUUCUUAUUUUGUCUUUCCCCACCCGCGGCCAUCUCUGUGUGGUCCAUAGGUAUGAAUGUGAGUGUGUUAUAUGGGCCCUGCCUUUCACCCAAAGUAACCUGGGAUAGGCUCCAGCAUACUCCCACAACCCUAAUGAGGAUAAGCGGCAAAGAAAAUGGAUGGAUCGAUCUGCCCUGUCAUGACUGACUGUACCCACACCACUUCUUCCCCAAAGGCUCCAGCUCUCCCAUGACCCAAUUGGGGACAAGACAUCCUUAAUAUUAUAUAUUGUAUAUGACAGUCAUAAGACUCCAUAUUUUUUGUUGUUGUAACAUUUUAACAUUGUAAAGUGUCAUGCAAAUGUAGACAGAAGUUGGUCACUGUACUGUAUGAUAAAGGAAUUUAGAGCGAUACUGUCCCCUAGUGGUACUUUUCUGUUAUUGCUGAAAUAGAUUUAUCUUAUGUGUGUGUACGCCAUACAGUAGAAGAAAUAAUCUCCCGUUGAUUGUGUUUACAUCUU